GGGAGGUCGAUUCAAGCUGUUUCUGGGUGCAAAAGAAGUUGUAGUGUUGUCUUCCGCCAGCGCUGUCCGUGAGAUCCUGCUGCACCCCAACUGUAAUUUCAGCAGCAGACCCCCCUUCAACUCCUUCUCUCUGCCCCCCGGGGGACCCAAUCUCACCUUCGAGCCUUACGGAAAAAAGUAUCUUUUCCUUCGGAAAACAGGACUCGACGCGCUAAAACUAGCUUACUGCCCUUUUGCGAAAAAGUUGCCAGAAACACAAGAGGCCCAUGAUCAAGAGGAAGAAAAUACAACCGAGGUCUUGACCGAGCUUGUUGCGAAGAGACAGGUGUCAAAUUUGAUUGACAACAUAGAGGCGGAUGGCUUGAUGACAUCAUCAGAGAAAAGUGUCAGAUGGAUGGUCAUUUCAAGCGCAUGUCAAUUGUUUACGGGAAGAGAGCUGCAGGGGCAUCUUCUGGCUGAGAAGGCGGAACAGUUCCUCUCCGAUAUGAACAAAUUUGUCCAUGUGAUCCCCUUUGCAACCCUGGCAGACACAAAUCCAUGGUUACACUACCUGUUCUGGCCCAAAAUUAGGGAGCUCAAGUCUCUUUUUCAGAGAAUGUCCGAUUUUGUUCUUGUCUUGGCGACUGAGUCUGAACCGAACUCGAUCUUCGGGCAACUGGCGUCAAGGUCACUGGCGCACGAUUUGCCCGACAACAUAUCCAGGAUGGAAUUGCUUUCAAUCGGAACUCAACUUUUCGGAGCUAUGAUACCCACGACUAGCAGCACAAUAGAGUGGGUAAUUCUAUUUCUCACAAACCGACCGGAUCUACAAUCGAAAGUCAGAGAGGAGUUAACUAAACAAGCCGAUAUAAACUUGAAGUCUCGAAGCUCGAAUGUGUAUCUAAAUGCGGUUGUUUACGAGACGCUUCGGUUCAUUACAGUCACUCCGAUAACUGUUCCUCACGCUCCUCUUGAGGAUUUCAAAGAAGAAGGAGUCUUCAUUCCGAAAGAAACUCCAGUUCUGGUGAAUCUUUGGGCAGCGAACCACGACAAAAAUGUGUGGAAAUACCCUGAAGUUUUUGACACAAGGAACUUUCUCAAGACUGUAAAGGAAAACGACACAGAAACCGAUCGCGUGAUGUUAGACCACGAGGCAGUCGAGAACCUAAUGUCGUUCGGAGUAGGAAAACGAAGAUGUCUCGGUGAAAAAUUAGCUCUGAGUUUGAUUUACUUGAUUCUGGCUGAUAUUCUCAAAAGUUUCUCGUUACAUCCCAUAAAACGCGAUGGGCGGAUAAGCGAGGAGCAGUUAAUAAGGUUGGACGUGGUUCCAAAUGAUUUUGCAGCCUACCUCCGAAAAGAGAAAAAAUAGACCUGUGAACAGAAAAAAAAUUCUGUGAAUCAACUGUCCUCAUCUGGUGAAGCAAAUAAUAUCAAUAAGGUCAUUUCAAUGUGGAAAACCAGAACGUUACCAUCUUCAUUAUAAAUCUAAUUACAAAAAAACUUAAGUAAAUAUGAUUAAAACCGAAUUCCCGUCGUAGUAGUUUUUUUUAUGAGCUUUAAGCUCCUGUACCAAGUAAAAUUAUCCGAUAAUUACCGCUAGUUAAUUUAAACAUAAUUGUGUAUUGCAGAAACAUCAAAAAAAUAACUCAAUUUUU